AGCAAUAACCAUUUGCUAAAUCUUGGUUGGUACCUCUCUGCUAUCUACACUUCUCUAGUUAUUUGUCCAUCAAGAAGUUCUUUCUUUCCGGCACUGAGAGGAAGGAUGGACAGGCUGUUGGUGGACCUUCGUAAUGAAUGGGCUGUGCAAACUCUUGUUCUUUUCAGCUUCACCCUGCAAGUUUUUCUGCUCUUGUUUGCUUCGAUCCGUCGGUACAACGUCAAGAUUUUACCAAGGUUCUUCCUCUGGCUGGCAUACCAGCUGGCCGACUCCACUGCGUUGUUCACCCUGGGCCACAUGGCCAUCAGCAACCGGCCACACGAGGAGCAGCCCCUCAUGGCGUCCUGGGCGCCAUUUCUCCUGGUGCAUCUUGGUGGCCAGGACACCAUCACUGCUUACUCCUUCGAGGACAACAGGCUCUGGUUACGCCACCUGCAGACUCUUGUUGUGCAGGUCUUGGGAUCUGCCUAUGUUCUCUACAAGUAUAUGCCCGGCAGUGAGACCCUGAUGAUGGUGGCCGCCGUGCUCAUUUUCGUGGUGGGCAUUCUCAAGUAUGGGGAGAGGAUAUGGGCUCUCCAGUCUGCCAGCUUCGACAGCAUUUGGAAUUCUUUUGACAGGUCGGAUGCCAGUGUUCGUGAAAGCGAAAGAAAUAGGAUUCUCUCUGAUGUGCUACAGAGAAGAUACAGUCUGGACGAGGAGACAGUUCUGAUGGGAGCCCAUGGCCUCCUCGAUGUUUGCGUGGGGUUAUUCAUCGGUUUGGAGAGAAGGAAGCGUGACUAUGUACGGGAGAUCAUGCGUACCUUGAAUGCGGUUGAUCUUCUGGACAAGUUGAUGGAGAUGGAGCUAUCCCUGAUGUAUGACAUCCUAUACACCAAGGCAACCGUGAUCCACACAUGGUACGGAUGCUGCAUCCGUAUCAUUACGCUGGUUGCCACAGUGACAGCAUUCUUGAUGUUUCUGUUCAGCAGUAAACAUGGGCACAGCCGGAAAGACAUCGCCGUCACCUAUGUCUUGUCGGUUGGGGCCUUACUCUUGGAGAUGGCGUCCACGGUGAGGGCAUUUGGGUCUACCUGGACAUGCGCCAACUUACAUAACAGUAAAUGGCACUGGCUCCACGGGGAGCUUCUAUCUUUCCGUCGCUCUGUCGGGGCAGCCACUACAAGGAACAGACGGUGGUCUGGGUUUGUAUACCAGUACAACUUGUUGGAGUCCUGCGCCCACGACGCACCAAGGGUGCCAACUCUCCUAAGGAUGGCGCGGUUGCUGGGGCAGGCACCGGGACAAAUCGCUGAGAAAUGGUGGGACGAACUGUACCACUCAGGGCCUGCCAAGCUUUCCAACUCUACCAAAGAGUUGGUGCUCAAGCAGAUUUUACGGAUGGGAAAGCGGGGUGAAGAAAUUGGCUCCCUGCCUGGUCUUCUCACACUAAAAGAUGUCAGUCUGGACGACUACGUCGGCUGGAGCAUCCAAGACAUUGGCUUUGAAGACAGCAUCAUGGCCUGGCACCUCGCUAGUGACAUCUGCCUGUUCGCUGACCGCAGUGACCAGACAGAUUUGCAGGAAGCUAUCAAGGUGCUGUCCAACUAUAUGAUGUUUCUCCUUGUUCUUCGCCCCCACAUGCUGCCUGGCCCUGUGCGGCGCAGCCGUUAUGACAAGUUCCACGAGGACCUGCUCAAGUUCAUGGCAAGUAUUUCUGGUCCCUCAGCCAACUCGCCACAAGACCGCCUGGAGUGGUGUCUUAGAAAGGGUUUCCAUGCCCGUAUCAACUCUGAUGUUCCCCAUGCAUAUUUCGACGCUGGAGUAAGACUCGCCGAUGUGCUCUACGACCGACCCAACCGGCUAGAUGUGAUCUUUGGGGUCUGGGUGGAGAUGCUGUGCUAUGUUGCUAACCACUGCAGCAGAGAGUCUCAUGCAAGGCAGCUCAGCAUGGGCGGUGAACUCGUCACAGUCGUCUGGCUUAUGGCAAGGCACGCCAACUUGUCUUUCAUCGUCUGAGACACAUUUGUCGUACAUAGCAAAUAUGUAUCUAACAAUAGUUUGCUCUGGGUACUGUGUGUGUGAUGGUGUUAUCUCAACUAGUACUACAAAAUAAUUAUAGAGCUCCAAGAAUAUAUAUCUAGCAAAGCUC